CGAAUCCAUCCCCAUAGUAUAGGCCGUUCAGUCUCCACUGAAGAUUGUUUUAAAGCUUACAGACUAUGACGCGUGAAGUCCAUUUUUUUAAUCGCCACAGGCACUUCAAGUCCAUUCUCGCGUACAAGCAUGCCAUUGUCUCUUGGCCGCAUUGGCUGGUACAGACAAAGAACAAUAUGAAAGGAGUUCAAAAGUCUAGAAAUAUAUUUAUUGUCUCAUGUUGCUACUCAACUCCACUCCAUUCUAUGUCUAUGUUUAUCGGCGUCUUGAUCGUUGUGGUCUCAUGAGUUGGCACUGGCGGAGUCCCUCUCACUCUCAUCUGGAGCCGGCAUUUUUUCCGUAGCAGUUUCUGCUAUAAGGAUUCCAGUGCUCCUCUUGACGCGUCUCCUGAAGCCAUCGUCG